AGUAAGUGUUCCCCUUGGCCGCUUGAGUCGGAGCUAGGGUAUUUCCUUCCCGCCAGGCAAGUGCCUGUAGGAACCGGACCCCGCCCCCUUCCCGACCUAGACUCCCCUUUUCCCUCCCUGUCCCUUUCCCACCGAGGACCUUCUCCUUUCCUCUUGUUCUGCCUCUGAACCCCCGCGGAGGUCAUGAAGCUUGUGAGGAAGGACAUUGAGAAAGAUAAUGCGGGCCAGGUGACCCUAGUCCCCGAAGAACCUGAGGAUAUGUGGCACACCUACAAUCUAGUGCAGGUGGGCGACAGCUUGCGCGCCUCCACCAUCCGCAAGGUACAGACGGAGUCCUCCACGGGCAGCGUAGGAAGCAACCGGGUCCGCACUACUCUCACUCUCUGCGUGGAGGCCAUCGAUUUUGACUCUCAGGCCUGCCAGCUGCGGGUUAAGGGAACAAACAUCCAAGAGAAUGAGUAUGUGAAGAUGGGGGCUUACCACACCAUCGAGCUGGAGCCCAACCGCCAGUUCACCCUGGCCAAGAAACAGUGGGACAGUGUGGUUCUGGAGCGCAUCGAGCAGGCCUGUGACCCAGCCUGGAGUGCAGAUGUGGCCGCCGUGGUGAUGCAGGAAGGCCUAGCCCAUAUCUGCUUAGUCACUCCCAGCAUGACCCUCACUCGGGCCAAGGUGGAGGUGAACAUCCCCAGAAAACGGAAAGGCAACUGUUCCCAACAUGACCGGGCCUUGGAGCGGUUCUAUGAACAGGUGGUCCAGGCUAUCCAGCGCCACAUCAACUUCGACGUUGUGAAGUGCAUCCUGGUGGCCAGCCCGGGAUUUGUGAGGGAGCAGUUCUGCGACUACAUGUUUCAACAAGCAGUGAAGACCGACAACAAAGUGCUCCUGGAAAAUCGGUCCAAGUUUCUUCAGGUACAUGCCUCCUCUGGACACAAGUACUCCCUGAAAGAGGCCCUUUGUGACCCUUCUGUAGCUAGCCGCCUUUCAGACACUAAAGCUGCUGGGGAAGUAAAAGCCUUGGAUGACUUCUAUAAAAUGCUACAACAUGAACCUGACCGAGCUUUUUACGGACUCAAGCAGGUGGAGAAGGCAAAUGAGGCUAUGGCCAUUGACACAUUGCUCAUCAGCGAUGAGCUGUUCAGGCACCAGGAUGUCGCCACACGAAGCCGGUAUGUGAAGCUUGUGGACAGUGUGAAAGAGAAUGCGGGCACAGUUAGGAUAUUCUCAAGUCUUCAUGUAUCAGGGGAACAGCUCAGUCAGCUGACUGGAGUAGCUGCCAUUCUCCGCUUCCCUGUUCCUGAACUCUCUGACCAAGAGGAUGAUUCCAGUUCUGAAGAAGAUUAGUGAUUGGACCUUAUAAUUGAGACAAGCUCUGUCCCCGUUGUUAACAUAUUGUGGCAUCCUGACAGAACGCUGCAAGGCACUUCGUGAUUCUUACAUGGAUUUUUCAUUUAUUUGGUCACACUAGGUAUUUUGUAAUUGGCAAGACGUGUUCAAACUAAACAAUAAAUUAAAAGGAAAUAAUCUCCAUGUACUACCAUUUUUAUUAAUUAGAAUAAUUUAUAUAGAAAUUAUGAGUUAUUUGCAGUACUUAAAAACAUUUUGUAUAUAUAAGAAUGCCUUAUAUUCUUUGGGAUAGAUCAUAAAAUCCCAAAUGUCAUACUUUGAAAUAAGUUUUUUCUAAGGAAAAGCCGUUCAGUAUUUCAUCAUACUCAGUUUCAACUGCUUAUUUUAAUUCUGCAUAGUGUCCUUGUAUGGUGUUUAAUGAUCCCUUUCCUCCAUUUCCUGUACACUUUUUUUUUCUAAGUGAUGGCCAAAUAAUUUGUAGACUUUUCUAGAAGACAAAUUUAAAAUGGUAUUUUUCUUAAGAGACUUGUUAAAUCAGGCAUGUUACAAGUAAACUCUUGGUGGGUUUUUUGUUUUGUUUCGUUUUACAGUUACUCAUACUUGCUUUGGAGAACCAUAUAAUUCAUUACUUUUAGGUCAUAGAGUUUCAUUCUGCUAGGGAUUCUCAAGAUAAGCUAUUUGAGGUGUCUUUAUUUUUAAAAUGCAAUUAAGGUGUGUCAUUUGCUUGUUAUGUGGCUAAUUAGUGCUAAAGCGGAAGGUAGUUCCUGCUCGGGCUCCAUUUCUUUGCACUAUCACACUAUAUGUAUUUAUUUGGCUUAUCUAGAAAUAUGUAUUGUUGUCUUAAAUUUCUAUGUGGCAUUAGUCUGUGCUUGCACAUUCUUAUUGCACUCUCUCUACAUCCUAUUUUAGGAGGUGAGAAGGCCUGUUCAGAAAGUUUAAGUCGCAUCAUUUGUAGUAUGUGAUAGUUGACUUGAACUCCAGUACUCUACUGUAAUGAGGGUGUUCUGCUAAUACCUGAGAGUUUACAAUAUUUUCAUUAUUUUAAGAGUUAGGGAGGGAUCCUUGGAAUGGAAUUGCAUCCUGACCUUUUACAAAACUCAGUUUAGCAAAAUAAUUAGGAAAAGCAUUAUGAAGAAAGAGUGGUAAUUCAAUUUUUAAUACAUUGGUACCCACAUGAAAUAUAGAAAUUAAGUAAACUUUUGCUUGUCCUUUUCUGUGUCUGGGCUUUUUCUCCUGGGACAAGUGCAAGGUCUGGGGAAUAUAUAUAUAGAUAUAGAUAUAGAUAUAGAUAUAGAUAUAAACUUCUGACUAAUCUGAGCUUACUUUAAUCUGUAAUUAGGAAUAGAUGAUAGAUAUUUAAAAUACUAUGAAGAGUAUGUUAUUAAAUAAUUUGGUAGGAGUAUAGAAAUGAAACUGCUAAGAUUCUUAAUAUUAGAACCUGAUUGAUAAUGACUCAUAUUACCAGUAGAAGUUUGGAGACUUGGGGUGUAUAUUACUCUCAUAAUCUAUGCAGUACCGGUUAUUCCCAGUUCUGUUACCUACUGUAUUAGAAACAAGGAGAAAUAAAACCUACCCAUAAAUCUGACCAUUUUCGGUCAUAGAUUCUCAAAGUUAGUUGCUUGUUAGCCUGAACUUGGGAGCUUUUGAAACUCAGUACCCAGACUGGAUCCCAGGCUCAGUAACCUUUCAGCCUUAGAAAUGGUUUCUUAUAGCUCCCCAGGUGAUUCCGUUAAGUAUCAGGACUUAGAACCACUGAUUCAGGCCUUGCAAUUCAGAAGUGUGGUCCACGGAUCACUAGCAGACUAUGGACCAAGACCCUAAGAGCUUGUCAGAAACUGGAAACCAGCAUCAAUCCUGGGCCUUCUGGGUUUCAGUCUAUAUUUUAACAUCUUCAGUUGAUUACUUUGCCUGAUAAAAUCUGAUAAACAUAGGCAGGAACUUAUUCUCCCUGUACUAAUAAAAAUCUCUGGCUGGGAUUGCCAGCCAUAGAGGAAAAACAUUUGGGUCUCAAGGUUGAUUUCAGUAGAGUUAAUUGGCUAGUAUUCAGCUUAACUAUCUGUAAAACUCAAAAUAAUAGUGUAUUUUUUUGUCUAUAGAGUACUUAAAAUACCUUCAAGAAUUCCUGUUUUUAAAAAGUUACAUUCUGGAGGCACCUGGGUGACAGCUGGUUAAGUGUCCAUCUCUUGAUUUCAGCUCUGGUUGUGAGAUGGAGACCUUCACUGGGCAUGGAGCCUGCUUAAGAUUUUCUCUGUCCUUCUCCCCCUAAUACCCUUCCAAAAAAAAAAAAAAAAAAGUUACGUUCUGUACCAUUGUCAAGAGUAUAAAUCCUCAUACAUGUAUAGCGUGAAAUAUCAAAAUAAUGAUAGCAUAUGAAAUUUUAAAAUUACGAUCUUUUUUCUUUUUUACUAUUCUCUAAAAAGCAAAAUGAACCAUAAGUCUUUGGAAGUCAUUUUCAUUAUUUUAUGAAUGUCAUGUUGAAUAUGACAUAUGAAUGAAUAUGACUUGAAUAAGUCAUAUUCAGUAGUCUAAUCCAUUAUUAUGAAUGUCUAAUUCAACUGCUAUUUAUUAAUAAGGAACAACUUGGCUACAAAUGGAAACACCUUUCAAGGCAAUGUUGUACUGUAAAUUUCCAUUUAACAUCAGGUACUUGUAAACAAAGAUUUGUUCCCUGCCCCCGCCCCCCCCCCCACCAGCACAGUAAAUGAGAAGCUGGCAGAUUGUUUCAUUUUACUCUAGGUAUAAAAUACAUCAAGUUUAUUUUGCUAUUCUUAGUCCCUCAUUUAUAUGUUAUAUUUAUUUUACUAGUUUUUAUGUCUGGAUUGUUGAUUCUGGAUUUCAUUUUCAUUUUUCUCUUACAUAUGAGUUGGCUCUUUUUCCACCCAGACGGCACUGCAGUGGCUUUGUAAAACUAAUUUUCCCUUAUCUCUACCUAUUUUCUGUUGUUAACUUCAUUUUCCUUUUUUUAGCCCUGUGAGCAGUUCUCUUAACCUCAAAUUAUCUUUAACAGAAGUGAUUCAUGUAUUCUGGAACUGAAAUUUCCUUUAUUGCUAAAAAAUAAAAGUACACAGAUAAAUGGUGUAUAUGUGAAUUUCCCUAAGUAAUAGCUGUUACUGGGGAAAGGAGUAUUGUGCUUUUAAAUCAGAUAGUUUUCCAAACAAAUGAGAUUGGAUGUUUGUUUUCAGUAUCAGACCAUGUUGAAUUGCAUGUAGAAUAGGUAUUUCUAAAGUGAUUCUGAGUGAGGAGAAAGAAACCAUUUGCCUGUGUCCAGAUCCUGGAAAUGGGGCAUCUGUGUUUGUAUUAUACCAAUUAUUAAGGGUGUUACAUUUAUCCAUUUGGAUUUUAGUUCCUGCUUUGAUGCUGGGUUUAAGAAAGACAAGCAUGAAAACAAAUCACUAUUACAAGAGCAACUUGUACAAAGUGUAAGAGAGCACAGUGUUGGAAGGGUCACUUGUAGGAGGAACUUUAUAGAGCUGGAGCCAGUAAAUCUCCUAAAUGGUGAGAAGAACCCCAGAGAUGUUAUUGGAAAGAGGAGAGGGGCAGAGUAAGUAUACCAAUCACAUUAGACCCCUCUCCAUGCAGCAAUAAAGAGUGGGUUUGACAAUAAUGAGAAAUCACUGAAAAGUUUAAGCAGGAGAAUGGCAUGUUUGCAUUUCACAAAUAUAACUGUUCAGCAGUAUCAAGGAUGAAUUGGAGGAGGCAAGAGCACUUGUUAAAAGAAUGCAAAUUAGAAAAACCCAGGGGAAAAGCAAUUUUGGCCUGAACAAGGACAGUAACAAUAAUCCUUGCAACAGGAAUGAAAAAUCACUAGGCAAUAUGAAGAGAUAGGAUCAAAAGGACAUGGGCUACUGAUAGUUGUUCAGAGUUAAAGAGUAGACUGUAGGGAGGGCUAAGUCUCGGAUUUUUUUUUUUUUUUAAUGUGGUAGAGAUGAUGGCACAAUUUAAAAAGCAAAACAAAAUCAAACCAGGAAAUACAGGAAGAGAAGCUGACUUGCAAGGAAAAAACAUUAAAUUCAGUUCUGAGUCUUUAGGGGCAUCUGGGUGACUCAGUCAGAUAAGCAUUCGACUCUUGAUUUUGGCUCAGUCAUGAUCUGAGGGUUGUGAGAUUGAGCCCCAAGUCUAGCUCCAUGCUGGGCAUAGAGACUGCUUAAGAUUCUUUCUCUUCCUCUGCUCUUCCCUGCCCCCCUCCCAACUCUGUCUCUCAAAAACAAAUUGAGGGUGCCUGCAGAACAUCUGAAAUGCUCUUCCACCAGAUUUCUGUAUGCUCACUCACUCAUUCUCUUAAGGUUUUUGUUAAAAGUUCACCUCUGUGAGGUCUUCCAAGCCAGUCUUUAAAAAAAAGAUAACUUCUCCAGGAUUUCUUUCUAAGCCCUUUGUCUUACUUUUCUCUAUAAUGUAGUUGUUUUGCUUAUCAUCUGUCUAGCAUGGAAACUCCAUGAGGGCAAGGACUAUUGUUUGUUAGGUUCAUUGCUAUAUCCCUAAUGCUAAGAACAUUAGCACGCAGUAGAUGCUCAAAAAUAUUGGCUGGGGCAGGGGGUGGUAAGUGAAUGACAGAAUGAAUGCAUUCAUUCUCUUAGCUAAGAAGUUCCCUUAGAAGGGUCCUGGGUGGCUCAGUGGCUUAAAUAAAGCUUCUGCCUUCGGCUCAGGUCAUGAUCCCAGAGUCCUGGGAUCAAGUCACACAUCAGGCUCUGCUCAGCGAGGAGCCUGCUUCCCCCUCUCUCUGCCUGGCUCUCUGCCUACUUGUGAUCUCUCUCUAUCAAAUAAAUAAAAUCUUAAAAAAAAAAAAAAGAA